CAGCGCGCCGUGCGGACAUGGCGCGAACACUGCGCCCGCCGACCCGCACGGUGGGGCGGCUUCGUGAGGGGGUCCUCGUGUAGGAUGUCAUUGAAGACGCCGACGCCGGCCGCCGGCGAGCGCGAGACCUGGGGCAAGAAAGUCGACUUCCUGCUCUCCGUCAUCGGCUUCGCCGUCGACUUGGCCAACGUGUGGCGCUUCCCCUACCUCUGCUACAAGAAUGGAGGGGGAGCGUUCCUGGUGCCGUAUUGCAUCAUGCUGGUGGUGGGCGGCAUCCCGCUGUUCUAUAUGGAACUGGCACUGGGACAGUUCCACCGGAAGGGCGCCAUCACCUGCUGGGGCCGCCUGGUGCCGCUCUUCAAAGGCAUCGGCUACGCGGUGGUGCUGAUCGCGUUUUACGUCGACUUCUACUACAACGUGAUCAUCGCGUGGGCGCUGAGAUUCUUCUUCGCCUCUUUCACCACCAUGCUGCCCUGGACCAACUGCGACAACGAGUGGAACACGCCGGCUUGUAAACCGUUCUCGGCGUUCCUCCAUCAGACGAACACCAACCAAUCCCGCAUACACAACUCCACAAUGGCGGCUGCAGCGACAACCCCUUUCACUUCUGCCGCUUCCGAGUAUUUCAACCGGGCUAUACUGGAGCUUCAAGGCAGCGAAGGCCUGCACGACCUCGGCGCGAUCAAGUGGGACAUGGCUCUUUGCUUGCUGGCGGUCUACAUCAUCUGCUACUUCUCGCUCUGGAAGGGCAUCAGCACUUCUGGCAAGGUGGUUUGGUUCACGGCUCUCUUUCCAUACGCCGUACUGCUUAUUCUUCUGGUACGCGGCAUCACUCUUCCCGGCUCGGCGGACGGCAUACGGUAUUACCUCAGUCCCAACUUCGAGGCUAUCACACAACCUCAGGUAUGGGUAGACGCGGCGACUCAAGUAUUCUUCUCUCUUGGACCUGGUUUCGGUGUGCUCUUGGCAUAUGCUUCAUACAAUAAGUACCAUAACAACGUGUACAAAGACGCCCUCUUAACAAGCGUGAUCAACUCCGCUACAUCGUUCGUCGCUGGCUUCGUCAUCUUCAGCGUUCUCGGCUACAUGGCAAACGUGUCUGGUCGUCAUAUUGAGGACGUAGCGACAGAGGGCCCGGGGCUUGUGUUCGUGGUGUACCCGGCCGCUAUAGCGACUAUGCCGGGCUCGACGUUCUGGGCGCUGAUAUUCUUUAUGAUGCUGCUUACACUUGGACUGGAUAGUUCUUUCGGUGGUUCCGAGGCCAUAAUAACAGCCCUAAGCGACGAGUUUCCACCGAUCGGGCGGCACCGCGAGAUCUUCGUGGCCUGUCUCUUCACGCUCUACUUCUUCGUGGGCUUGGCUUCCUGCACCAAGGGCGGCUUCUACUUCUUCCAGCUUCUUGACCGCUAUGCGGCCGGCUACUCGAUUCUGGUGGCCGUGUUCUUUGAGGCGAUUGCCGUUUCUUGGAUUUAUGGCACUGAGCGUUUCUGCGAAGACAUCCGCGACAUGAUCGGCUUUCGACCGGGCCUCUACUGGCGUGUCUGCUGGCGCUUCGCGGCCCCAGCCUUCCUUCUCUUCAUCACCGUGUACGGGCUUCUGGAUUACGAACCUCUGCAAUAUGAGGGCUACGUGUACCCCGGCUGGGCUAAUGCGCUGGGGUGGGCUAUAGCCGGCUCGAGCGUUUUGUGCAUACCGACCGUGGCGAUAUUUAAAAUUCUCACCACUAAGGGCAGCUUUGUGGAGCGCAUACGCAUCCUGACCACGCCAUACGCGGACACCGAAGCGCGUCGCAGCGCUACCAACGGCAUGGUGGUCUCCGAGAGCGGCGGAGUGCGGCUCGCGUCCGCUGCACCCUCGCCCAGCACACCUCCAGCCACCACCCCCACAACACCAGGCCUGGCCGCAGGCCCCGCGCUCGUCUGAGCGCAGCUCUCCUUCGACGUCUACUAUGUGUAGCCCGCUUAGCCUCUUUUAGCAGUUGAGUUGAACCGUCUCGUCUCUAGGAAAUCGGGGUUGUGCAUGUUAUUCUGGUUACGGCAUUUGUGUGGUAACCUACGGCAGUUCAUCGGAUGGUUGCUGGAUAAAAAGGCUGUUGAUUUUUAGUAAUUACUUAGGUAUUUUAAAUGAGGCUAAAAUAUUGUUUAACGCUUGCAGAAGUUUGUAGGACUAUCUUGUUUAGGUUCUUGUCGAAUUUAUAGGAGAGCGCAUGUGUGUUAUUGCAUUUUUCAUCCCCAAAAUGCAUAUUUUUUAAGUGUAAUGUUUUUGGAUAAAAACGAGAUUAGUGCUUUCGAUUGGUUUACGCUUUAACUAUAUUUUUUGUACAAAAUAUGUUAUGUUAAUCAUAUAAUUAAUAUAAGUAAUAUUUAUACAAUAUACUCAAGAAGAAAUAUUGUGCUGUGAUGGAUGAUAUAUUAGAAAAUACUGAGCAUAUUUGGAUGAGUUUUGUAGCUGGUAAGUAAAAUAUGUAUUAGACGCUUGCUGCUGUGCUGUAUUUUACUAGAUUAAGGGAAAAAAGUAAGUAAAUGUUUUUUAGUUGCUCUAUAAGUAUUAAUUUAAAAAAAACAUAUGUAAUUAUUUCUGCCAUUUUAUCAUAUUAUAUUUUUACUGACAUAUUUAGCAAGCUUUAUCGAUUAAGACUAAAAUAGUAUCCAAAAUGAGUCGUAGGCAAACCCAAAAUUAGGUGUAGUUAGAUUCAAAUAAGAAAAAAAUAUAAUUUCUGGAUAAAUGUAAAUAAAACGAUUGAAUGAUAGUGUGUGAAAGUUUUAUAUAAUAAUCCAAUCUAUUAAUAUUAUAAAACACUUGUGUAAAUAAGUAGCUACCUACCUAUACAUUAUAAACUCAAUUUGCACUAGAAUUGAUUUCGAUACACUGUAGUUCAAAUGGUAUUAUAAUCUAUCUAGAUAUACCUAACCGUAUAAAAUAGCACAAAAUCACAAAAAAAAACAUAACUAAUCCACAGAAAGUUACAAAUCUAAGUAUUUACUUGUUAGAUUUUAUUUUAGAGCAUAUAUUGUGUGCUGAUCCGUCUAUGUUAAACUUAGGUCAUAAAUGAGAAAGGAACGAAAGCACUUGCUUAUCAUUCUUGUAAACUGGACUUAUAGUGUAGGUAUAUUUAAAUUCCUAGGUGUACAACAGAAUAAUUCAGCAAACCGUCGAUGUGUUAGCAGUAGCUUAUUUUAUACAUAUACAGAUACUUUAAAUUAAUAAAGCAUGAAGGUUGAAGCUGGAACAAUACAGUAUAUUUACAGAAACCCUAUUUUAAUACAUGUUUGUAUGUUUUUCCACAAAUUUAUUUUAUGUUUCUUUUUUUGCGGGUUGUAAAUGCUUGUGUUUUAAAUUAUUUUAUGCCAAGAUAUAUAUGUUUAAGGAUUGUACAUUAAAAUGAGAAACGUGUAUUGAUGCAUUAAUAUUUUUUAGAAGUAGAAACAAUGUAGUUAAGUAUUAUGUAGUAAUUUUGGCGUAGAAAAAUACGUACCUUAGAUAAAUAUAUACCUAGUACAUAUUUAAAUAUAUUAUUAACCACUAAAUACCAAAGAUAUGUUUGUAGGUAUAAUUUUAACAAUAAUAAAUAUAAUAAGAGAUACAUAUUUUGAACCUACAUAUUAGAGAUUUCCCUAGUGCUGUUUUUGUUUCUUAAUAACUUCAUUCAUGUUUAAAAUAAUAUACCUAUAACAUUAUUUAUAAAUAACCCAAAGGAAAUAACUCACAAAUAAAUAUUUGUAGAUUAAAGUUUCGUCUAGUAGAUUUUAAGGAUGAAAAUGAAAUGCUGUGUAGAUAAUAGUAAAGUAGAAUUAAAAUCGGUGUGAUAAUUAAUAAAAGAGUUCAUAUACCCACGUAUAGUUAUUACUAAUCUUAGGAAAUUAGACUUUAUCUCUUUAUGGUUGUAUUCGUACAUUCAAGUAUACAUUUUCGAAAUCUAGAUGUUGUUUUAGUUUUGAUGUUAUUGUAGGUACCUAACUGUAACGGUGCUCCAUUUUUUUACAGUUUAUUUGACUUUUUUUCUACUAUUCGUCACUCCGUCCUGGGCAAUGCGGACUGAUGAAUAGUAAAAAUAAUAAUUUAUACCUUAAUUUAUGGAUGGGAAAACGAUAAUGGUACCUAACACGCACUCCACAUAGGCUUACUUAUUUUACGAACACCUCGUACACAACUUUUAAAAAAGUAGCUAAGUUUCGUAGGUAAUAUAAUCAAUAUAUAAUUGCUACAUAAUGAAAUAGAUUUUAACUACAAAGAUCCCAUCCUUAAAAUAACCUAAUAAAAUAAAUUCUUGAAAACUAGAUUUUAGGUAAGCUGUUUGUGGUUUUUUUCCUAAUUAUAUUGCUAUAACUUGUAGGUUAUAUAUUUACAGAAAGUAAUAAUAAAUAUAUUCCUACAAUAUAAUAUACUCGUUUCAAAGUAGCUGUUGGUUGAUGUCUCAAUAUAUAAUAAUGUUUCAAUCUAUAAGUAGCCAAUAUUCAAGAUGUUUGAUGUUAGAAUAUUUCAUGUCAAGCAACGUGCAGAAUAUUAUAUUAUGUUAUUCGUAUAGCUGUUGAUGUUAUCCUACAGGCGAUCAGUAGUCAUACCAGCCAUUAUGACUAUUGAUUAAUUUAUAGAAUAAAUUUGUUUAUACUUACUGUAA